AUGGUGGCUUACCUUUCACGAGAAACCACAUCUUCUGUAAGUGCUGUACUACCACCAGAAACUGCGGUAGUAAUUUCGAUACUUGGUGGAAAUAGCGAUAAGUGUAGUAACUUACGCCUGGCACGUGAACUAGUGGGCCAGUCAGACGCCGGCAAACGCUUUGACCCCUAUGAGGCUGCCCAGACCGUCUUCCCGACACUGAUUCGUCCUCUACAGAAGUACAUGCGCGCCACACGCCAGCAGUCACGUCAUCCCGUGGACUCGGUGAUAGAUCAUCUUGCCAUGUGCCUCACCUACGGCCUCUCGCCACUCAGU